AUGGAGACGACGCCAGCGAGCGAGCCGACACACAGUAUGGAAAUUGCGGCGGUGAUGGCAGAGAUCCGCCAGAUGCGCGAGGAACAGACGCGCCGGGAUCAGGACUUCGCGGCGGCGUUGCGUUCCCGAGACGAGGAGCUACGCAUUCUCAAAGAACAGCUAAGUCACUCCGAAAAUAGACUUCUUGGGGGCGCGGAUUCGGGGCGCAAAUUGAAGCCCGACACCUUCGACGGGACGGUGUCGUUCCGCGAGUUCCUCGCACAAUUUAAUUUGGUCGCGCGCGCGAAUCAAUGGAGCGACGCUCCGAAAACCGUCGCCCUCGCCGCAAGUUUAAGGGGAAAAGCGCGCUCCGUUUUGGAGACUGUGCCGGAUUUCGAAAAUUUGGGGUUCGCAAAUUUAAUAUUGAAACUCGAAUUGCGUUUCGGUGAGGCACACUCGCAACAGUCUUAUUAUUCUCAAUUCGCGAACCGAAGGCAAAAAUUCGGAGAGGAUGUGGCCACUCUGGGGUCGGAAUUGGAAAGACUCGCACAGUUUGCGUAUCCCGAAUGCCCUUACGCCGUGCGCGAUAAGAUAGCCUGUGCGCAAUAUAUCGCUGCGCUUACAGACGGAUUUAUGAAGCGGACUCUCCAGUUAGAGGGAGUCUCUUCUUUAAAAAUCGCGAUUGAAAGAGCGAAAGUGAUUAGAAUAAUUCAAGGAGGGGAGGGUUUUGAAAGAAAGGCAGAAAUUUAUAGUGGAGGGGGCGGAGUAAGAAAUAAAGAGGCAAAUGGGAAAAAGGUACAGGGAGCGAAUAUGGGCAAAAAUCUCGCGGAAAAAGAAAAGGGGAGUAACGGACGACAAGAAGGUUGGCGCGAGGGAAAGUCCGCUGCGGGUCGGGAGUGCUGGUCCUGCGGGAAGGUUGGACAUUUCCGUUCGGAGUGUCCUGAUUUUAAGGGAUUCGACCAGGAGUAG